CCUGUCGUUGCUAGGCACAUCGAGCGAGGUUGAGUGAGGGGCGAACUAGCGUACCUAAUUUUCUUUGGGGCAACCCUACAACUCCAUCCACUACCUCGAUACCACUCCACGCCCGAAAAAUCCUUCAACCGUUCGUCAUCAUGUCUGAGCCCAUCCGCCAGAAGAAGCUCGACUCCAUCACCGCUCCUACGCCCCAGAACACGCCUGCCAAUGCAGCCCCGAUAUCGUCAAGGGCCCAACAGCCCGGCGUCGCGAGCAUCAAAGAAGAGGACAAUGAGCGCGCCGCCGCCGCCGCCAUGUUCGCGCAGAACCCUGCCCUCAUGUCUAUGAUGGAGGCCAAACUCGGGCGCCUCGUUGGCCGCUCGUCUGGCUACGUUGAGUCGCUCCCCGCCUCUGUCCGCCGUCGCGUCGCGGGCCUCAAGGGCAUCCAGAAGGAGCACUCCAAGCUCGAGGCCGAGUUCCAGGAAGAGGUCCUGCAGCUGGAGAAGAAAUACUUUGCGAAGUUCACACCGCUGUACGAGAAGCGCGCCAAGGUCGUGAACGGCGCCACCGAGCCCACCGACGAAGAGGUCAAGGUUGGCGAGGAGGACGAGGAGGAGGACGAGGAGGCUCCUACCGAGGAGAAGAACGAGGACGCCGGCGAGGGCGUCAAGGGUAUUCCAGAGUUCUGGCUCUCGGCCAUGAAGAACCAGGUCUCGGUCGCCGAGAUGAUCACAGACAAGGACGAGCUGGCGCUGAAGCACCUCACUGAUAUCCGCAUGGAGUACCUCGACAGGCCUGGCUUCCGACUGAUUUUCGAGUUUGCCGAGAACGAGUACUUCACGAACAAGACCAUCUCCAAGACGUAUUUCUACCAGGAAGAGAGCGGAUACGGUGGUGAUUUCAUCUACGACCAUGCUGAGGGCGACAAGAUUGACUGGAAGGCCUCAAAAGAUCUGACCGUCAAGAUCGAGAGCAAGAAACAGAGGAAUAAGAACACUAAGCAGACCCGUGUCGUGAAGAAGACGGUCCCCACCGCAUCGUUCUUCAACUUCUUCUCCCCGCCCAAGCCCCCACAGGAGGAAGACGACGCGACCACCGACAUCGAGGAGCGUCUUGAGCUCGACUACCAGCUCGGCGAGGACAUCAAGGAGAAGCUCAUCCCGCGCGCAAUCGACUGGUUUACCGGCGAGGCUCUGCAAUUCGAGAGCCUCGACGACUUCGACGAGGGCGAGUUUGAGGACGAAGACGAUGAGGAGGAUGAUGACCUCAGCGACCGAGACGAGGAUGACGACGAAUCGGAUGAAGGCGACGACGGCACAAAACCUAAGCAAGAAGCCGCCGAGUGCAAGCAGAGCUAGACGCUUCGCACACCUUUUCUGAGUUCAUAUCACGGUCUCGGUGCACGGAGAUAGAGGGAUACGGGAUCAUGCAUGGGUAGUGUGUUUUUGCGACGUGGUGUUCUAUCCAUCGGCUGCUCUAUCCAUCGGCUGCUCAUUCUUUCUUCGAGGUCGAUGGGCGGCGCGAGAUAUGGCUUGCAUUAAGAAUCGGGAUAUACAGAGAUGGUUCCGCUUCUUGGUGUCACACUGCCCCGCUUCACAUCUGCAGUUUCUUUCCUUAAUUCCCUUUUUGGUCCUGGCAUAGUAAUUCGACUCUCCGAGGCUUGACUCUUUAUCCCCAGACCCCGCACGACAAUACGAUCGCAAACUACUGUCAAGGGCUUGCUUACGAGGCUAGCUCCACCCACACACGUACUCCAUCGACCAUACGGAUUACGCUCUACACACGUUACGACACAUCACACGCAGCACCCUACAUCACUUUACUU